UUGCAGUGGUGCAUUUGACACUUUAGGUGUCCGAACGGCGUCGUUUCUAUGCUUGUUCCUGAUCUCCUUCCUUCUUCGUGAGCCUCAGUCGGAAGUUGGAACUCACAUAAACCCUGGCGCAUCCUAGAUUGCUAGGGCAGAUAUCGAGUGAAUUUGCUUAAUUGCGUAGAAUGCUGUCAUCUGGAGAGGUUAUGUUUUAUCUGAAGGAUCAGUGGAUUGAAGCAGUGCCGCAAUAUGAGCAUAUUCAACAAAAUGAUUUUUCAUAUCGAAAACACAGAAAGCAAAAAGAAGACGACAUUGCCAUCUGCGAAUGCAAAUUUGAUGCCAGUGAUCCUGAGAGUGCAUGUGGGGAGAGGUGCUUGAAUGUUCUAACUAGCACAGAGUGCACCCCUGGUUAUUGCCCUUCUGGUGUCUAUUGCAAGAAUCAGAGAUUUCAGAAAUGUGAGUACGCUAAGACAAAGUUAUUUAAAACUGAAGGCCGUGGGUGGGGUCUUCUUGCUGAUGAGGACAUAAAAGCUGGACGGUUUAUUAUUGAGUACUGUGGAGAAGUAAUAUCAUGGAAAGAAGCAAGGAGAAGAUCCCAAGCCUAUGAAAAUCAAGGUCUAAAAGAUGCAUUUAUCAUUUCACUCAACUCCUCUGAAUCCAUUGAUGCCACUAAAAAGGGCAGCUUAGCUAGAUUUAUUAAUCAUUCAUGCCAGCCUAAUUUUGAGACAAGAAAGUGGAAUGUUUUGGCGGAAAUAAGAGUUGGAAUAUUUGCAAAACAGGAUAUUUCAAUUGGAACUGAACUGGCAUAUGAUUAUAAUUUUGAAUGGUACGGUGGUGCUAAGGUUCGCUGCCUCUGCGGUGCAACCAGCUGUUCUGGAUUUCUGGGAGCAAAAUCUCGAGGUUUCCAGGAGGAUACUUACCUGUGGGAAGACGAUGAUGACAGGUAUUCCGUUGAAAAAAUUCCACUAUAUGAUUCUGCAGAAGAUGAGCCUUUCUCUAAGCUCCUAAAAAUUGCCAACUCAUCCAAUUCUGAGUAUGAUAGUGGCAUGAAUGUUGAAUACUCUGAAAUAACAAAUUUUAAUACGGGAUCUGAGCACCAUGUGGAGUCUGCUGCUCUUGUUGUAAAGCCACUUGAUUCAGUUUCAACGCAAGGUGCAAUUAUGAAUCCAGUAAAAAUAGAAGCCAGUGAAGAGAUGAAUUUGUACUCCCAAGAUGCUCAACAGGCCUUUGCACAAAAGAGGACAAUGAUAUCCUUCAUUGGAGGUAAUAGUACAUGUGGGAAUUAUCACAUGGGACAAGGCCCUAUGCCAAAGAAACGUUCAAAGCAUUAUUCUAAUGUAAAGUUGAAACAACCCCCGCAAAAGCAAGUUGAUGCAAAACUUGUUGCCAAACUCUUAGCAACGAAAGAGGCACAAGAGGAAGUGCUCGCAUAUGAGGAAGUGAAGAAUGACGCAUCCUCCCAGCUUUCUUCCUUAUACAAUGAAAUAAGGCCUGCAAUUGAGGGGCAUGAGAGGGAUAACCAGGAUAGUGUAGCUACCAGCGUAGCGGAGAAGUGGAUAGAAGUAUGCUGCCUAAAAUUGAAGGCAGAAUUUGAUCUUUAUUCCUCCAUUAUCAAAAACUGCCAAAUAUUUCCUUAUAUUGUACCAACACUGAUAUAGAUUGGAGAAGAAGAUCCUUUAGAUCUGCGCUCAA